CCGCUUGCUCGCCAUGGACAAGCUAGCCAACCUCGCAAAGUUCAAGGCCACCUGCCCCUACCUCGGCCGCACCAAGACCUCCACCCUGCGCACGCUCUGCACCUCGGCCUCGCCCCGCUUCCCGGCGGUCUCUAAGCUCACCGAGAAGGCAACGAAAUGCCCCGUCAUGGGUCCCGCCCUCCACGUCCGCUCGACCCAGAUGGUCGCCGGAUACGCGAGCCUCGCGGGCUCUGCUGAGUUCGCUAAGAUCCCGGAGCACCAGGGCAUCAACAACCCCUCGCCUGCCGACGCGCAGAAGUGCCCCCACGCUUCCAAGGCCCUCGCCGCCGCUCGCAUGGCGGAGGACCUCGUUCACGCAAAGAAGGCUAAGGCUGCGAAGGCCGCUGCCGCCGCUAAGCCCGCGGCUGCUGCUCCCGCCAGCUGCCCCUUCGCCUCCACCUCCGAGGCCAAGCCGAAGGCCGCUACCCCUGGCGGUUUCGACUACGAGCGUUUCUACGCCGACGAGCUGGAGAAGAAGCACCAGGAUGCGUCUUACCGCUACUUCAACAACAUCAACCGCCUCGCACACAAGUUCCCCAUCGCUCACACGGGGAACGUGAAGGACGAGGUGGAGGUAUGGUGUGCCAACGACUACCUCGGGAUGGGCAACAAUCCCGUGGUUCUCGAGACGAUGCAUCGCACCCUGGAUUCCUACGGCCACGGUGCGGGUGGUACCCGGAACAUCGCCGGAAACACCGGAAUGCAUCUUGCUCUCGAGGAGGAACUCGCCACUCUACACCGCAAGCCCGCUGCCCUCGUCUUCUCGUCCUGCUACGUCGCCAACGAUGCCACGUUGGCCACUUUGGGCACCAAACUCCCGGGCUGCGUGUAUUUUUCCGACACCAUGAACCACGCGUCCAUGAUUCAGGGCAUGCGUCACUCGACCGCUAAGCGCGUUCUCUUCAAGCACAACGACUUGCAGGACUUGGAGAUGAAGCUCGCUCAGUACCCCAAAGAGACCCCUAAGAUCAUCGCUUUCGAGAGCGUCUACUCUAUGUGCGGCAGCGUUGGCCCCAUUAAGGAGAUCUGCGACUUGGCGGAGCAGUACGGCGCGUUGACCUUCCUCGACGAGGUCCACGCCGUCGGCUUGUACGGACCCCGCGGUGCGGGUGUCGCGGAGCACCUCGAUUACGAGGCCCACAAGGCGGCGGGCCAAAGUGGCGAGCCCAUCCCGCGCUCCAUCAUGGACCGCGUUGACAUCAUCUCUGGCACACUUGGCAAGGCUUACGGCGCUGUUGGCGGCUACAUCGCUGGCUCGAACGACUUCGUCGACAUGAUCAGGUCCUACGCUUCCGGCUUCAUCUUCACGACCUCGCUCCCCCCGGCGAACAUGGCCGGUGCUCGCGCGAGCAUUGCGUACCAGAAGGAGUUCAAUGGCGACCGUCAACUGAAGCAGAUCAACGUCCGUGACCUCAAGUCCCGCUUCGUUGCGAUGGACAUCCCUGUCAUCCCCGGCCCCUCGCACAUCGUCCCCGUCCUUGUUGGCGACCCCACGCUCACGCGUCUCGCGUCAGACAAGCUCCUUGCGGAGCACAACGUCUACGUCCAGGCCAUCAACUACCCGACCGUCGCCCGCGGCGAGGAGCGUCUCCGGUUCACCGUCACCCCCGGCCACAACGUCGAGCAGAUCGCCCGCCUUUCGCGCGCCGUUGACCAGACGUUCACCGAACUUGGCAUCAAACGCACCUCGGACUGGCGCAAGCUCGGCGGCCACGCCGGCGUCGGCGUCGCGGACGCGAAGCCCGUUGAGCCCAUCUGGUCGGACGAGCAGCUCGGUCUGACGGACGGCACCGCGCCUGCAGUUCUGCACCCCGGCCAGAAGCGCUUCGUCGACCCCCGCGCGGUACGCAUCACCCGCGAGAAGUUCAACGACCUCCUGGGCCCGUACACCGAGCCGCUCGCGAAGGUCGACGCUCUGAACGCGGACCUCACGCUCGCGCCCGCGCCGUUGACGGCUGCGUCUGUUACGGCGGAGGUCUCGGCCAGUGCUUAGGAGGUGAUGUAUCGUCGCAUGUUGUUGGAGGUUGCACUGGUACUCGCUGUCAUUACUAUCGCUUCGUACACGUUCAUAGCUGUCGUCCCCUGUCCAUCGCAUGUUUUGGAGAGUAGUUGUAGUGUGGAGGAGAAUGGAGAUGAAAAGAGAAGAUGUGUCUACAUGCACUGUGUGAUCUCGAGAGCGAAUCCGUGAACUCCACUAAGAUCAUCAUGUAUUCGACGUGAGGAGGGCUAGUAAAUCUGUCGCACGCUUGCGCUUGGUGUCGUUCGUGGUGUUAUUUUGGGUGACCGGGACUUCGAACUUCACUGUCCGUUUUGUAGGGGAGUCCUUGACAGAUUCGGACUCGAUGGGGACAGCUUUGCUCUCCUCCGGUGCUGCAGGUUCUGCGAUAGGUUGGGGGGCUUCAAUAGCUUCCCGGCACGAUUUAACGAGGGCCUCUCGCGCGCCGCCUUGGACACCCUGCAGGUACUUGGACGCGAGUGGCAGGUAGGUUUCUGGGAUCGCUUCUUCCGACCACAUAUUGCGGAUGAUCCAGUUUUGCCGAGCCUUGUUAAAUUUCCACUUGUCGGGCUCCUCGAAUUGGGUGAACGCGUAGUCCAACGCUUUCUGCGCCUGCUCGCUCAAGGCCUCGUCCACGGUAGGAUCUGGGAAACCCGAGGCCGAGCGACGUUUGCGUUUCUUCUGCGGCUUGCUGCUGGAUGCCGCGUCUCCGACAUCCACCUCGUCGCGUUGGAUGUUUUUCACUCUCUUCUUGUCCCUCUUUUCUCUUUUGGGAGGCCGUGGCUCGGAUUGCACAGCGGGAUCGACGUCACUGUCCUCUGCCACCGCCUUUCCUCCGCCAACAACCUCUUCGCUCGCCUCCUCUGCCUUCCUCUUCUUCCCUUUUGCC